AUGUGUUUAUAUUUACGGGCGGUGAAAUAUUCCAGAUUUUGGGAGGGUGGACUUGGUGAGAUCUUUUCAAAAUCUACUGGUAUCUAUCUAUCUAUCUAUCUAUCUAUCUAUCUAUCUAUCUAUCUAUUCAGUCCUAAUGUCAUUUUAUCUAUCUAUCGAUCUUCCUACUUUUCAAAAUCUACUCGUAUCUAUCUGUCUAUUUCAAUCUGCUCAUAUCUAUCUAUCUAUCUAUCUAUCUAUCUAUCUAUCUAUCUAUAUUCAUUCCAUUGCCGUUUCUAUCUAUCUAUCUAUCUAUCUAUCUAUCUAUCUAUAUUCAUUCCAUUGCCGUUUCUAUCUAUCUAUCUAUCUAUCUAUCUAUCUAUCUAUCUAUCUAUCUAUCUAUAUUCAUUCCAUUGCCGUUUCUAUCUAUCUAUCUAUCUAUCUAUCUAUCUAUCUAUCUAUCUAUAUUCAUUCCAUUGCCGUUUCUAUCUAUCUAUCUAUCUAUCUAUCUAUCUAUCUAUCUAUCUAUCUAUCUAUCUAUAUUCAUUCCAUUGCCGUUUCUAUCUAUCUAUCUAUCUAUCUAUCUAUCUAUCUAUAUUCAUUCCAUUGUCGUUUCUAUCUAUCAUCUAUCUAUCUAUCUAUCUAUCUAUCUAUCUAUCUAUCUUCAUCUAUAUUCAUUCCAUUGUUAUCUUCUAUCUAUCUAUCUAUCUAUCUAUCUAUCUAUCUAUCUAUCUAUCUAUCUAUCUAUCUAUUCAGUCCCAAACUCUUUUCAUCUAUCUAUCUUCCUGUGUUUCGGGAGGUGUACUUAGUGGGACGUUUCAAAAUCUACUAGUAGGUAUCUAUCUAUUUGUCUAUUUCAUCUGCUUAUAUCUAUCUAUCUAUCUAUCUAUCUAUCUCACGACUGAAACAAAGUAUACACUUUCUUCCUCUCUUUGUUUCGCCUUUUUCUUUCCUUCUUUUUCUUCUGUAGACAGCUCGGUUUCCAAAUCCGGCUCACUGCAACAGGGAUGUACACUUUCUUCCUCUCUUUGGUUUUCUUCUUUCUUUCCUUCUUCUUCUUUAAACAAUUCAGCUUAUAACAGAGGUAUACACUUUCUUCUCUGGUUUUCCUUUUUCUUUCUUUACACAAUUCAACUUGUAACAGAGGUAUAUGCUUUCUUCUCUGGUUUCCUUUUUUCUUUAAACGCAGGCUGA